AUGCUUCUCAUCUCUCUUUGCUCACCAUCUAGAGCCUGCAGUUCGGCCUGCAGAAGCCUACACAUCGUCGCCCGUGAGAGCCUUUUGGGCUCCUUCGCUACGCCAAAGAAAUCGUCCGCUUAUCGGUUGACCUCCCAAUCUUCCUUCUAUCUGCCGGCCCCCUCACGAUCUCCGUCGUCUGCCGAUUAUCGCCGAGCUUUCCAUACAACUGCGCCGCUUUCCUCACAAUCCGCCACACCCCGAAUUUCUUACCGCGUCGCUGCUUCAUCCUCUGGCAAGGGCCGUCGCUUUCAUCCGGCUAAGAACUCGUACGAUUUCAAUCCCGAACUUCACGAAGCUAUCGGCGUUGCAACAGACACUCAAGAUCCUGCACUUCGGAGGAAAAGAAGACCCGACAGCGGAGAGGAUGCGUUUUUCGUCAGCAAGGUCGGCCAUGGAGACUCCGGAGCCAUAGCGUUCGCUGUAGCUGACGGAGUCGGUGGCUGGGCAGAGUCCCGCGUCGAUCCGGCCGAUUUUUCCCACGCACUUUGUGGUUACAUGGCGCAAUCGGCCCUUGCUUGGGACUCACCAGCGGAGCAAUUGCGCUCGAAACAUCUUCUUCAAGUCGGAUACGAUCAGGUGGUUGCAGACAAGUCGGUGCCGGCUGGUGGCAGCACUGCAUCCGUCGGCGUUGGAUUGGAAGAUGGACGGGUUGAGUUGGCGAACCUGGGCGAUUCCGGCUCGGUCCUUCUUCGACUCGCAGCUGUGCACCACUACUCGGUGCCGCAAACCCACGGGUUUAAUACGCCCUACCAACUCAGCAUCAUUCCUCCGCGGAUGCGCGCCCAGGCGUCAAUUUUUGGCGGUGGUUUCCUAGAAGACUUCCCCCGCGACGCGGCCGUCACCAAUCUCCAGAUGCAGCACGGAGACAUUCUCGUGUUAGCCACCGACGGCGUGUUCGACAACCUCAACAACCAAGAUAUCCUCAAACUGGUUUCCAGCCGCAUGGUGCUUACGGGUGCCUGGACUUCCACACCCGAGGCCGGAAUCCUGCCCUCAGCGGAUCUGCAGCAGCUCACCGGUCCUGAUGGCCUGGCGCCACUUCUUCCCGCAUCAUCUCCAUCCUCCUCUUCCUCCUCCUCGGAUACCGCAUCCUCGUCCAGUAAAUCCACCACCUCCUCGAAAACCCGCGACCAAGUCUACACCCUUCAAUCCUUGCUAGCAGCCACCAUCGCCGGCGAAGCCAAGCUCGCCAGCAUGGACGUGCGUCGCGACGGGCCCUUCGCCAAAGAAGCCCAACGUUAUUACCCCGGGGAUUGGUACCGCGGCGGCAAGGUCGACGACAUCUCCGUCGUGGUCGUCGUCGCCGUGGAAGAGGGAUACACCGGCCCUUCUUCUUCUGCUUCACCAGCCAACUAG